ACCCGAUACCGAAUGUCGUAACAAUAAUGUUGGCGCGCCUCGUUCUAAUUUUUGCCUUCCUGACUCUGUCUUCUAUUAGCAGCGGCAGUGCAGCUCCGAAUGGACGCAUUGUUGGUGGCACGGAUGCUAAUAUAGGCCAAUUUCCCCAUCAGGUCUCCCUGCAACGUGAAGAUGGAUCACACACCUGCGGCGGUUCUAUCAUAAGCGAAAAUUUCAUUCUAACAGCAGCUCAUUGUGUUGUUGUUGGUGAUGGCAUUGAACCUUACCCCGCCAGGUACUUCCAAGUGCGCGUCGGCAGCAUUCAACGUACAGCCGGUGGAAAAUUAUUACAAUUGAAGCGCAUCAUCGUCAACAAGACAUACGGCAAUUUCUUGAAUGAUGUAGCACUUUUGGAACUGGAGCAGCCAUUGGUCUUCACCGACAAUAUAAAAGCUAUCGAAAUGGCCAGUGAGGAAGUGCCCUCUGGUGAAGAUGUUGGUAUCUCGGGUUGGGGACGUUUAUACACUGGCGGCCCAAUUCCACAUCGUCUGCAAUUUAACACAUUGAAGGCGUUGAAUACCGAGGAAUGCGAGGCAUCAAUUCAGAUGGGAUAUGAUUCUAUAAUUUGUCUAGCCCAUCAAGCUGACAACGGCGCUUGCAAUGGUGACUCUGGCGGCCCAGCCACCUACGAGGGUAAAUUGGUGGGUGUAGCCGGUUUUGUGGUGAAUGGUUGUGGAAGCACUUAUCCAGACGGGUAUGCUAAAGUGGCCUAUCAUCUCGAUUGGAUCAAAGCUAAUAUUGGCGCAUAAAAUAGUGGAAGGAAGAUUAUGUAAACUAAAAUAAAAAAGAGAAAAUGAAAAAAUAAAUCUAUAAAUGCUUUUUGAAAACUCCAUGGGGUGAUAGCAA